CUGACGUCAUAUUUCCUCGACUCGUCUGCUGAAACAGAUGGAGGUGACAUGUACACACGGCCGCUUAACAUGUAAUCAUUUGAAAUUUGGUUUUAAGAUUUGAAACUAUGUUGUGGUGGAAGGUACCAACAGUAGUGAGAGCUGGCUCGCUGUGUUCCGGUUAUGGACUCGGCCACCUGUCACAGUGUCCUCUUCUCCGCUGUACCUUCCACGCCCCUUUCUCCCGCGACUACACCGCACACCACGUCCGCCGGUGUCCCCCCACUUCGUCGCUCCAAAGCCUCUAUUCUAGCGUUCCUCGUUUGCCAAGUUUAUGCUCGCAGCCUCACAGGUCAGCAUCGGGCACCAGUGGUACUGGAUGGUACGAGAGCCUUACAGACUCCACUGCUGUCCAUCUGACAGAGCAGUUGUUGAUAAGCACCCACCAGGCCACAGGCCUGCCAUGGUGGGCCACCAUUGUGUGCACCACCCUGGCUCUCCGGACCGCCAUCACUCUGCCACUGGGAGCCUACCAGAUGGUCAUCCUCUCUAAGGUUGAAGCUCUCCAGGCGGAGAUAGCAGAGCUGGCUAAGAGGCUGCACUACGAGGUCAGCGUGAGAGCCUCGCAGCGGGGCUGGACGGAGAGAGACUGCCGGUACCAGUUCAAGAAGAACCUGAAGAGGAUCGUGUCGGAGCUGUAUGUGAGAGACAACUGCCACCCCUUCAAGGCCAGCGUGCUGGUGUGGGUGCAGCUGCCCAUGUGGGUGUGUCUGUCCCUGGCCCUACGGAACCUGAGCCUGGGGAUGUCUGAGGCCUCCAUGGCGUUGCAGUUGGAGCUGUCAGCAGGGGGCGCUCUGUGGUUUCCUGACCUCACGCUGCCAGACGCCACCUGGAUCAUGCCCGUGUCUCUGGGUCUCAUCAACCUGCUCAUCGUGGAGAUGUUUGCUCUGAGGAGACUAGAAACUUCCAAACUCCAGAAGUUUAUGACCAACUUCAUCAGAGCCAUCUCCCUGAUGAUGAUUCCCAUAGCUGCCACUGUGCCAUCAUCCAUGGCUCUGUACUGGCUGGCCUCUAGUGGGGUGGGGAUGGGCCACAACCUGCUGCUGCGCUCCCCCCGCUUCCGGAGCCUGUGCCGGAUCCCCCGCCUGCGCUCCGAGUCCGACACCCCCUACAGGGACCUGGGAGCCGCCUUCGCUGCCAAGUACCUCAAGUGAAGGGACGAGGGUCUGUGACAGGGGAGGAGAGAGAGAGACAGGGGAGAGGAGAGAGAGACAGGGGAGAGGAGAGAGUGAGAGGGGUGAGUGAGAGGAGAGAGUGUGAGAGAGGAGAGGGAAAGUGAGAGAGGAGAGGGUGUGUGAGGCCCACAGCCAGGAGGUCUGGCCCUGGAUAGAUGAAGGUUAUCCAGGCUCCACUGAGACUCCAGCACCAACACGCUAGAUUGAGCACCUCACCCUGUGUGUCUCGAUCCUGGUACACGCCUGUCUGGCUGGGCCUUCCUCUGUUCUAUCACUGUGCAUGUGGUCCAAACACACCCAACCAAAACCACAAUCUUCACAUGAAUGUUGCAUACCUUUGCAUGCAGAGUUGAUGUAGUGAAAUUGAUGCACAAGUCCAGUUGUGACCUGUUUCCACGUAGUUGUGGAAAACUUUAUUGGCAUACUUUGUGUGAUUGGGAGUUUUCAAGACUGAUCGUGGUCAGGGACAUUUGCCCAUGGCAUAUAGGGCUUGAAACACGUUGUUGGGUAAAGGGAAUUAACCAAUACUGUUCACAGUGUUUACUGUACUCAACUGUUGGACAUAUUGAUUCAUUCAGAGUAGUAAAUUAUAAUAUACUUGUGUUGAAAUGUCAUGAUCAGUGGUGGUUAUUUAUGAAGUAAAUUUGUGUCCUUUUUAUAAUGUGUGAACUGCAUUAAAUGGUUUAAUGGAGUGCAGAUGUA